CCCAUCUCAUAACAUGUUUUCAGAGUUGUGCAAAAAAUGAUCCCUCUGUAGUAGAGAGUACAUUUAAGCAUUUAAGGAGCUGAGUUGACAAGACCACGGCUGAAAACGAACAUGAGCAUGUGAUGUGGUUGUUUUGCAAAGACACAGGAAGUAAAACAAAUGGGCUGUUCUGCCCAACCAAGCAAACAUGAUGGACUCUCUGAAGGUGAUGUUGUUGUUGAUGCUUUUCCAUUUAGGUAAGUUAGUCAUCAUUUAUUAGUGUGUUUAGGAUGAUAAAAUCAAAGUUAUGACCAACUGAGUUUGUACACAUUAAACAUUUUACAAAUGCAUUUUACAAUAUUGUCAUCAGACACGGAAUGCUACGAAGGCCUAAAGACUGUUGCAAAAUUAACAGUUAAACCAGGGGAGUCUAUCACAAUCCCAUGUAUGUAUCACCUUACAUUCAAAUAUUACAAGAAAUACUGGUGUUACAGAUCUACCCUUUACUACUGUAACAUCAUGGGAACUGCUAAUAGCACCAAAGGCAAAGUGACAGUGACCGAUUACCCUGAAAAUAAUUUCUUUACUGUGACUAUGAGAAACCUGCAGCCAUCCACAGACUACACACAUUUCUGGUGUGCCAUGUCACUGACUGAAUCAUCACUUUAUGAUGACAUGAGGGAGCUUUCAAUCAACUAUCAGUCUGAUCCUGAUCUGUCUGUACAGAGAAGUGAAGUGUCUGGCGAGGCAGGAGGAAAUGUGAGUGUCCUGUGUCGCUAUAGUCCCCGAUACAGAGGAGAGAAGAAGAGAUGGUGCCGUUUGAGAGAUCAGAAGUGUUCUGCAGUGGGGGGGUUCAGGUCACCUGCUGACCCAAACAAGGGAUGGGACCCCCAGAUGAGGGAUGAUGGGUUUGGAACUCUGAGUGUUGAGAUGGUGGGGGUGAAGCAGACAGACUCAGGCUGGUACUGGUGUGAGGUGGGAGAUCUGCAGAGACCCGUUUACCUCAGCGUCACACAUGAAGCUGCAAUUUCCGUUCCAACCACGUCUAACCGUAACAGCCAUGGUUAUACCAAUGAUGUGAAGUAAGUAAACCGAAAAUUAUCCUUGAUAUAUGAUUUCACUUGUCAUUGUUGUGACUUUUCAAUACAUGACUGAUUGCCACAGGUCUUCUGAAACAACAAAGGCA